UGACGUAACGACCGCGGUUCUAUUGGCGUAGACGCGCGCUGGUAAAUCUUAGUUUGAAGAUCCUGCGGGGCCUGGCGUCACCGCGUCCAGCUUUACAGUGCAGGUCGAAGCCGCAACAUCAAUAGCCAUCUUCGGCAUAAUAUCGCUGUUGUUGCGGGAUCCUGUGGGCGGAGGACACAAGGCGUUUCUCUCCGUAAGAGUCUUUUUCUGGUUCAUGGUUAUUUCUGUUGUGUCCCCGGCUUCCUGUAAAGCGACGGACCUGCUAGAAAAGGACCAAGGCACCGUGGAAGGAUGUGACAUUCCCUUCACCGCUUGGCGCAGUCAGCGUACUGGCCGCUGUCAGACGUGAUCGAAGCCUCGCCAGCUUUCCAUCUGUUUGGAUCAUUUUCCGGGGUGAAUAACAACAUCAGAGCCCGAGCGGCGUGAGAAUGAAGCAGCACGGGUGUUCCGCUGCAGGUGGAUGGCCAACCUGAGGGUCCCGGCCGUCAAGCCGCCGCUGCAGCAGGAGCUCUGUCUUCACCCGGAGCUCUGAAAACCGCCAGACAGACCAAGUCAGAGAGGAAAACCUGAGCCAUGCUUCCAGGGGUCGGCGUGUUCGGCACCAGCCUGACCGCAAGGGUGAUCAUUCCUCUGCUGAAGAACGAGGGCUUCGCAGUCAAAGCGCUGUGGGGCCGAACCCAGGAGGAGGCGGAGGAGCUCGCUAAGGAGAUGAACGUACCGUUUUACACCAACCGGAUCGACGACGUGCUGCUGCACCAGGAUGUAGAUCUGGUGUGCAUCAACCUGCCGCCGCCCCUGACGCGACAGAUCGCAGUCAAAACGUUGGGUAUCGGAAAGAACGUCAUCUGUGACAGGACUGCCACACCUCUGGAUGCCUUCCGAAUGAUGUCAGCAGCCCAGUACUAUCCCAAGUUGCUGAGCAUUAUGGGAAAUGUGCUGCGUUUCUUGCCAGCAGUUGUUCGAAUGAAGGAACUCUUGGAGGAAGGGUACAUCGGGGAGCUUCUCGUCUGUGAGGCUCAGGUCCACAGCGGUAGUCUCCUGGGGAAAAAAUACAACUGGAGCUGUGAUGAUCUGAUGGGAGGUGGUGGCCUGCACUCAGUGGGUAGUUACAUCAUCGACCUGCUUACAUUUCUGACAGGGUAUCGUGCUGCAAAGGUCCACGGCUUCCUUAAGACGUUUGUCAAACAGACAGACCACAUCCGGGGCAUCCGUCAGAUCACCAGUGAUGACUUCUGCACAUUCCAAAUGGUACUGGAGGGUGGUGCCUGCUGCACUGUCACACUCAACUUCAACGUGCCCGGAGAGUUUCAUCAGGAGGUGAUUGUUGUGGGAACUGAUGGACGGUUAACGGUCACAGGGACAGACCUGUAUGGACAAAAAAACAGUGGGGUUGGAGGCAGUGGUGGCGGUCCAGAGCUGCUGCUCAAAGACACAACACCGCUUGAGAAAGCUUCCUUACCAGAGAAGGCCUUCAGUGACAUUCCGUCCCCAUAUCUCACUGGGAUGAUCUGUAUGAUCCAGGCUGUGCAGCAAGCCUUUCAGGACCAAGAUGACCAGCGGACGUGGGAUGGGAGGCCUCUGACAAUGGCUGCCACCUUUGAAGACUGUCUUUAUGCUCUUUGUGUGGUGGACGCCAUCAAGAAAUCCAACCAGUGUGGAGAAUGGAAAAAAAUAGUGGUCAUGACAGAGGAGCCAGAAGUAAGCCCAUCUUACCUGAUCAGUGAGGCCAUGCGACGCAGUAGGAUGUCACUUUACUGCUAGCAUCUGACUCGUGCUAACGUCAUCAGGGUUGCUGAAUGCCUGUGUUACCUUAAAAACUGGAGGUGGCACCAGAAAGUGCUUGGUAAUGUUGGAACUUGUUUCAUACAGCUACCAGCUUCAGUUUGUAUUAUUGUAAUACUGUCAAAUCUUUAUUGUUACUGUUACAGACAAAGAGGUUACGACACCAUGAAUUCUGGGUUUCUGACACCUAUCCUCUCCAUAGAGGAAAGCCAGUAUGUGUAAGAAUCAAACUUUUAUUUAUGAGGACGUAUUUUUGUUGUCUUUUUGUUUGGGAGAUGCACUUGUAAAUCAAAACUAAAAGACAGUCCUAUAGUAGAAGUAGACCAGCCGGUCCAGACUCGUGACUUGACUUGGACCACUGAUGACUCAGACUUGGACUCAGAUUUGUGCAUCGACUUCAACUUGGAAGUUGAAGAUGAGGCUAACGGUUUUUUUCCACAGGCUGUGAUAACUUGGCCUAAGAUAUUGAUAAAACCUGCUCACCGACACCACGCUGUGUCCACUACACUUCCAUCACGGUUUACACUCUGCCUUCCUAUAAAUGACUGUUUUGUAUCAAAUCGCGGAGCAAUUUAGUGAUGCAAUACACCAUCAGACAGUUUGGAAUCUAACAUGUUGAAAGCUGUGUAUUGUAGACCUUGAUGACUCAGACCUGAUUAUUCUUUGGUGUCUGAGACCUGACUUGGACUCAAACGUUGGGGUCUCGAGGUUUAGUGACAUGACUGCAACACUGAGAUCAGUGAGUGAUAUUAAUGCUACUGUGACCAUGAGAGUAUUGCGCCUCUCAUGUCUGCUCCUCGUCUACACAGAAGUCAACACCUGACGCAUUGUGGAUUGAGAUGUGGACAGCCGAGGAAGAACAACAGCUCUCUCACCUAAAACUGUGCCACUCUAUUUUGAAAUACUUCCUAGUUUUACCAAGUGAAUGUUUAAAAAAACAAUCAGUGUGUUGAUCUCUUUAGUUUCUGUCUGAGCUGUUUUUUUCCACUGUAGGUGAGACUCUAUAGUCUAGUGGGUUUUCAGAGUGGUUUACUUGAUUUAUUAUGCAACAUAUUGAGGCUCUAAUCUGCAGGAGACAUAUUUAUAUCUACUAGACUAGAGUAAAGGGUUCAGAUACACUUAUAAAAUAGCAUGCCUUUUUGCAGUUACAGUAGUCUGUGCAUCCGUCUGAAACACACUAAGCCUUAAGUGUGGAUAUUAAGACAGUCCUGCAGAAGUUGCAAGUAAAUGGUAAACUAUAGGGGGAAUUACAUGUAUCUCAAAUGGAUCAGCCUGCUGCAAGCUAACUUCAUUCAGUGUGUGAAAUGCUGUAUCAAGCCUCUGUAACAUGCAGAGUAUGUGUGUACUGCAUGGAGGUUAAGUUUCAGUUAACAGUGGAAUAGAUUAUCCUUUUUUUUCAGUUGCUGUUAUAUGUGUUAAAUGUCAGGGCCGCUGCUAUUUGUUUGUUUUUAGUCUCCAAAAAUCCCAUGAAAAACCAAAACCAGUUUUUUUCCUAACUUUGGUGAAAUGACUGUGUAAGACACCUUAAAUAUUACACAGUCACCCAAUGAGUGUUAUCACCUGACCUGCUGUUCAUAGCUGUACUAAAUAGCAUUUUGACACACUGUUUUCAUUUUACAGCCUGUCACCUAGUAGCCUCAUUUCUGGACACAGAAGGCAGCUGCAUCCAGCUAAAUAGUCCUGAUGUGUGCAUGGGACACUACCUGCCUAGCACCAGAUGACAGAGACUAAAUUAGUGGCUAGAAUGGAGCAUUUAGUUGUUGACUAAUACACAAACUUGUGACUCCAAGGCAGGUGCAGUUUAUGUAGGACUGACUCAAACAACAGAGGAAACAGACAUCAGACUUUUGCUACUUGUGAGUUUUUCAUGGGAUUUUUUGACAACAAGGAAAAUAAAGACCAUCACUGUCCUUUAAGACAUUAUUUGUAUGCAGCAUGAGUGCAGCUCCCCUUUACAUAUUGGGCAAAAUUUAGAAGAAGUUUGCAAUUACUAGCAGGUCGUUUAAUAUAUAAUUUUUGUCUUGUCAUGACAAUUAACAAGUGAGGUAAUUUAUCACUCGCAGAACCUCUAAACACUCGUGUUUUGCUACUUGUUCAGACAGCUAAAACAAACCAUCAGAAAGUGUUAGAAAAUAUACUGAAGUUUGACUUAAAGUUUGGUGAAAGGAAAACACUGCUACACCAGAUUGUUUCUUUUUUUGCAUCUCCUUUCCACUGUGUGGUUUCAUGUCCUUAAGCUGUGCUGAAAUGCUAUCUGUUUAACAACUACUGAAAAUGUACAUAUGAAAAUAUGAUAAAACAACCACAUGAGUUUGUCUGAAGAAACAAACAAGUACUGUAUGUAUUGAACUUGUUAAACCCAAGGAACUGGAACAUGU